AUGGCGUCGGCCGACCCGUUUUCAGCGGUGCGAGCGCGCCUCGCCGAGCACGGGCAGGCGCACCUUCUCUCCCCGCCUCCGCCGGCCGCCGCCGCGGAGGAUUACCUCAGGCAGCUGCGGGGCCUCGAUCUGCCGCGGCUCCGCCGAAUGUUUGAGUCGUCGACGUCGGCGCAGCCGCCCGCUGGCGACAUCACGCCUUUCGAGGACAUAACCUGCGUCGAAGAGCUGCCCGCUGGCGGCGCCGAGGCACGCUCGGAGGGUCUUCGGCUGAUUGCCGAGGGCAAGGUGGCGGCGCUGCUUCUCGCCGGCGGCUCUGGCACGCGGCUGGGCUCCGCCGCGCCCAAGGGCUGCUACGAUAUCGGGAUGCCCUCACACAAGUCCCUCUUCCAGUACCACGCCGAGCGGCUGCUCGGUGCGCGGCGGCUUGCGGCGGAGCGAUAG